AUGGCCGCUGACACAGGGAUGGAUACUUGCCCCAGUCCGGAAAUCACGGACUCGAGGAAACGACCACUUGACGGCGACUCAGAAAAUGGAGACGUGAAGAGAUCACAUUUUAGUUCGGUGCAAGACUUGGUGACCGCGUUGCCCCUGGCCAACGGCCAUGCGAAUAUAACGUCUCAUUUCGCCGUGGAGCCGACAUACCACUUCAAGGUGCUGGUGCCGUCCAUGGUCGCCGGCGCCAUCAUCGGCAAGGGUGGCGAGACCAUCGCCCAACUGCAGAAGGACACUGGCGCCAGGGUCAAGAUGUCCAAGUCCCAUGACUUCUAUCCUGGUACAACGGAGCGAGCAUGCCUAAUUACUGGAUCCGUGGAUGGCAUCAUGGUGGUGUUGGACUUCAUCAUGGACAAGAUCAAAGAAAAGCCGGAGCUUGUCAAGCCUUUCCCCGAAAGCGUCGACGCUAAGAUGCCUCAGGAUAGAGACAAGCAGGUGAAGAUACUAGUGCCGAACUCGACAGCGGGCAUGAUCAUCGGCAAAGGCGGGAACUACAUCAAGCAGAUCAAGGAACAGAGUAACAGCUACGUACAGAUCUCGCAGAAGGCCAAAGAGUUGUCGUUACAGGAGCGCUGCAUCACCGUUGUUGGUGAAAAAGAGAGCAACAAGAAGGCUUGCCUGAUGAUCCUGCAGAAGGUCGUCGAUGACCCACAAUCCGGAUCCUGUCCGAACGUGUCGUACGCUGACGUGGCGGGCCCUGUCGCCAACUACAACCCCACCGGGUCGCCGUACGCCGUGCCCACGACCGAGAACCACGGUCUGGGCGGCGGCGUGGGGUCGGUGGGGUCGGUGCUGGUGAACGGCGCGGCCGUGAGCGCGGGGCUGGGCGCCGGGCUGGGCGCGGGGCUGGGCGCGCUGAACCUGAGCCUGUCGCUGGCGCCGCCCGGCUCGCAGACGCCCGCGCCGCUCACGCAGCACACGCUGGACCACAUCAAGGCGGCGCUGCGCCAGGCGGGCUACGGCGAGGCGGCCAUCAGCGAGAUCGGCGCGGCGCUGGCGCUGCUGGUGAAGCACGGCGUGCUCGGCCUGGCGCUGCCCACCGCGCUGCCGCCCGCGCCGCUCUCCGCCGCCUACUUCCCGCUGCAGGCGCAGGACCCGCCCACGGUCUUCGGGCCCAUCGGACAGGUCCCGCUCGGCGGCGGCGGCUCGUUAGAGCGUUUCGCGGAGGUUGCAUUCGAGGCGCUUCGCCCCCCAGCCGUGGCGCCCAUCAGCCUCGGGGCCGGUGUGGGCGGCGUGGCCGGCUUCCCUUCGGCGUCGCUGCUCCCGCUCUCCAAGAGCCCGACGCCUGCUGAUGUCGGUGCUAAGGACUCGAAGAACGUCGAGAUCGCGGAGGUUAUCGUCGGGGCUAUACUCGGCCCAGGAGGCCGCAGCCUCGUCGAGAUCCAGCAAAUGUCGGGUGCGAACAUCCAAAUCUCCAAGAAAGGGACAUUCGCGCCAGGCACUCGCAACCGCAUCGUGACCAUCACCGGCACGGUCACCGCCAUCAGCAACGCUCAAUACCUUAUCGAGCAGAAGAUCCAGGAAGAGGAGCUCAAGCGUACUCGUCACAACGCCAUCUCCGGCCUCAUGCAGUAA